GUGUACUCAUAAUGAAUUCCGUUGGCUGCUAAAUUGCAUAAUUUCUUUUAUUCUUCCUUACUUCAGAGUAAUGCCCGUGGAAGUGGAGAGGAAGUUUGUGUGUGACUCACGCAUCCUAGAGAAGCUGAAGGAUAUUAGAGUUCUCAGAGGAAAAAAAGGACGGAUGCCCCUGGUAUAGACUGAGAUCGGUGCCUGCUCGGGAGAGAAGCUAAUGCAUGCGUUAAAAACUGUAUGUUUGGGUCAGUAUGAAUUUAAAGAUCAGUACUUCGACACAGCAGACUUCACACUGACCCUAAAAGAUUUCUGGCUGAGAAAACGUGAAGGAUCCUGGGAGCUAAAACGGCCCACAUCAAAUUUGAAUACAGAGACAAGGGCACAGGAUGUGUGCACUAAUUACAGAGAGAUCACAGAUGUGCUUCAGAUCAGAGCCGAGCUUAUGUCUAUCAUGGGCAUUUAUGCAGAACACAACACAGAGUCAUUACAGAAAGAGCAAGAUAAAGAUGUUCAUGCUGAGUUUCAAAAGUGGGUGCAGGAAAUGAAGCUGGAGUGUUUUGCGGAGUUCACCACCGUGCGGCAUUCUUAUACACUGGAAUACGAAGGUGAUGACAGAAGAGUACGGGUCGAUCUGGAUCAGGCCGAUUUUGGCUACUGUGUCGGAGAGAUUGAAGUCCUUGUUUCAGAAGCGGACGAGAUGACAUCUGCGAUGGAGAGUAUCGAGAAGACGGCUCAAAAAUUAGGUAUCGGAAGUGAGCAGAAAACUGAGGGGAAAAUGGAGGUGUAUCUUCAGAGAUUUCGGCCAGAUCACUACGCUGCGCUUCUUAAAGCUCAUGUACUGUGAAGUAACUGUAACUAACAUUUUAUUCAUUAAUUAUAAUGAGAAUGAAUGUCUAUAAUAAAAUGGAAAUGUUUGAAGUUUGAGCAAAAACAGUAUAAACUGUUGAGCUGAGGGAAUGUUUGUGGAUUUUUUUUGGAUUUUUUCCCCCUCAAAACAUUAAUGGAAAGUAUUCUUAACCAUGUCAACCAAUUUUCCUGGAACCAUGUUUUAUUAAAUAUCAUGUAAGCA